AUGUCAUUCAAUACCCCCAAAUACCUGGACCAGCCCCCAAAUACCUGGACAGACCCCCAAAUACCUGGACAGACCCCCAUAUACCUGGACAGACCCCCAAAUACCUGGACAGACCCCCAAAUACCUGGACAGACCCCCAAAUACCUGGACAGACCCCCAAAUACCUGGACAGACCCCCAAAUACCUGGACAGACCCCCAAAUACCUGGACAGACCCCCAAAUACCUGGACAGACCCAAAAUACCUGGACAGACCCCCAAAUACCUGGACAGACCCCCAAAUACCUGGACAGACCCCCAAAUACAUGGACAGACCCCCAAAUACCUGGACCAACCCCCAAAUACCUGGACAGACCCCCAAAUACCUGGACAGACCCCCAAAUACCUGGACAGACCCCCAUAUACCUGGACAGACCCCCAAAUACCUGGACAGACCCCCAAAUACCUGGACAGACCCCCAAAUACCUGGACAGACCCCCAAAUACCUGGACAGACCCCAAAUACCUGGACAGACCCCCAAAUACCUGGACAGACCCCCAAAUACCUGGACAGACCCCAAAUACCUGGACAGACCCCAAGUAACUGGACAGACCCCAAAUACCUGGACAGACCCCCAAAUACCUGGACAGACCCCCAAAUACCUGGACAGACCCCAAAUACCUGGACAGACCCCAAGUAACUGGACAGACCCCAAAUACCUGGACAGACCCACCAAAUACCUGGACAGACCCCAAAUACCUGGACAGACCCCAAGUAACUGGACAGACCCCAAAUACCUGGACAGACCCACCAAAUACCUGGACAGACCCCCAAAUACAUGGACAGACCCCAAAUACCUGGACAAACCCCAAAUACCUGGACAGACCCCAAAUACCUGGACAUGCACCCAAAUACCUGGACAGACCCCCAAAUACCUGGACAGACCCCAAAUACCUGGACAGACCCCCAAAUACCUGGACAGACCCCCAAAUACCUGGACAGACCCCCAAAUACAUGGACAGACCCCAAAUACCUGGACAGACCCCCAUAUACCUGGACAGACCCCCAAAUACCUGGACCAACCCCCAAAUACCCGGACAUGCACCCAAAUACCUGGACAGACCCCCAAAUACCUGGACAGACCCCCAAAUACCUGGACAGACCCCCAAAUACCUGGACAGACCCCCAAAUACCUGGACAGACCCCCUAAUACAUGGACAGACCCCCAAAUACCUGGCAGACCCCCAAAAACCCGGACAGACCCCAAAUACCUGGACAGACCCCCAAAUACCUGGACAUGCACCCAAAUACCUGGACAGACCCCAAAUACCUGGACAUGCCCACAAAUGCCUGGAAAGAACCCCCAUAUACCUAUAUAG